AUGCAGGCGGAGCUGACGCGCGCCUCGGACGACGACGACGACGACCUCGGCGGACCCUCCUCGAGCGGAACGCCCAGCGGCGGCGGCGGCGGCGUGAGGGAGGGCGGGAGGGAGGGGGGCGGGGCGAGCCUCUCGCGGAUGAUCUGGCUGAGGGUGGUUGCGGAGGGCGUCGAGGACGAGGGCGGGCGGCGCCUCUCCCUCGUGCGAGACGAGCCGCUCUCUGCGAGCGGCGGGCGGGCGCUCAACUCGCAGUGGACGCCGCGGCAGGCCGGCCUGAGCGACGACGACACCCUGCUCGCCAUCGAGGCGUCCCUCGCCGUGCCGCUCUCCACGCCGCUCCGCCAGCUGACCGAGCAGUGGAAGGCGAAGCAGCCGGCCGGCGUCGUGCCCGCGAAGGGCAAGCUGGGCCUCUCGUUCGACGGCGAGAAGCUCGACCUGGCGGCGACCGUGGGGGAGAUGGCGAAGAAGUUCGACCUCGAGGACGACGACAUGCUCGACGUGCUGCUGUGA